AAUUAUAGUGGAAGACAACAGAAGUGGUCUGCAAUUACAGAGUAAAACAUUGUGGCUUCUCACACACUACAGAGGAUGUCAGCAGUUUCUGAAAGCUAAAACAGAGCAAUAAAGGAAAUAAGCUUCUGUCUUAUGCAUUAAAUGAAACCUCUCUCUCUCUCUCUCUCUCUCUCGAAAGAGCAAUAAAGAAGGGGAACGUAUGCUUUAAUGUGUGUCAAGCUCGUCAAUGAGUACAUAUCGCAAGGAACGCUAUUUUUGGGCUCGUAUUUUUCUCCUUGAUCAAUGCGAAGGUUGGAGUUGCGCGGCAAAGGCGCGGUCUGCGAGUCACCGUCAAAUCUUUCGAUCGCUGUGGCGUUAAACAUACUCUGUUUUGUUGGCACACUCGACAGGACUCUUCCCUCUGCGUCUCCGCCCCCGCAUGCGAAGACAAAAACGCUCUGUUACCUCGGUCCAAACAGGGUUCAGCAAAACCCACCGCAACAAGCAAAGCAAUCCAAAUAGAAGGCAAGGUGGUGGAAGUGUUUCCUGUACUCGGGCCUUGGUUUGAUAGCUGACUCGCGUCCACGGUGAGAGGUGGGGCUUUCAUCACGACCGCGCGCAUACGUUCGCCGAUCUACAUUAAAAGUCAAAGUUCAACCAUUGACUUCCCUCCCUCUAACUUCACGCCCACGGCAAACCGGCAUCUUAUAAUUAUUGCCGCUCCCCAUCGGUGCCACCGAUCGAACACCUCCCUGAUUCCAACUAUGGCGACGGCAAACCACCGCCCGACCCCAGCACUCGCCCAUGGGACGGCGUCGCUUCCGCUCUUAGUGCUCACUCUGGUUCUCGUCACUCCCCGCUGUGUCGACGCUCAGGCCUCUCAAACGCCCUUCGGCGACAGCCCCUACAGCGGCUACAACGUCAAGAUCAACCCCACUAUCGCCGCCCUCAUCAUCGCCUUCAUCUGUGGCUUCUUCUUCCUUGGAUUCUUCUCCGUCUACCUGCGGCAGUGCAGCUCCGGCAGUUCCAGCGGGACUCGACCCUCCGGGGUUGUGGAGUCCGGCGCGGUCUCCCGUCGCACCGUGCGGCGGGGAAUCGACCCGGAGGUGCUCGCUUCGUUCCCUACCAUGGCGUAUUCCGAGGCGAAGGAGCACAAAAAAGGGGACGAUACGCUGGAGUGCGCUGUGUGCCUUUCCGAGUUCGCCGACGAAGACACCCUCCGGUUGCUCCCCAGGUGCUCUCACGUGUUCCACGUCGACUGCAUCGAUAUCUGGCUCGACACCCACGUCACCUGCCCUGUUUGCCGUGCCAACCUCGCCGAGCCGGCGGCCGCCGACUCCAUCGCCGCCGCCUGCGAGUCCACGCCUGCGGAGGAGUCCGGAGCGAUGGAGGAAGGAGAUCUGGAAGCGGGGCGGCCGUCGGUGGGGUACCGGAGGUGGCACUCCACGGGGCACGAGGGGGAGGAGGUAGACCGGUACACGCUGCGGCUUCCGGAGGACAUAAGAAGGGAGAUCUUCUCGGCAGCAGGGCUCCGGCGGGCGGCGAGUGUGGCGGAGCCACGGGUCCGCGGGGUGGCAAGCGGGAGCAGGGGGUACCGACGGGGGUGGAGCGGGCGGUGGGGAUUCCUGCUGCGGACGUUCUCGGUGAGGCGGCGAGCGGAUGGGACGGCCGUGGAGGGGUCGAGUAAGAGGGUCUACCCGUCCGUCGAAGCUCCCCUUGACCUUGCUCUUGGAGGAGGGGGGAAGUCCGAACCCAUAAAGGAAGGAACAAAGGAGAAGGAGGCGGUGGUAACCGAGUCGCCGUCGUCGUCGUCGUCAUCUGCUACCUCCUCAGCGAUGGAACGCGUUUAGAGUACAUUGUACCCAAAGCCCACAUGGUAUCGUAUUGGUGACAAGAUCUUUCUUUGGAUUUCA